AUGUCGCGUAUUUUUGAGAACGCAAUCAAAACUGGCACGAAGAAAGAGGAGAGAAUGCUUGGUUUUAACGAAAAUGAGCAUGGCAUCUCGCAUGGUUUAUUACCAAUGUGGGAAAACAUGAAGGUGGGACCGUGGAUAGGCCUCCCCGAUCACGUGGAAACUAAGACGAUGGGAUUUAUUGAAAGGGUGAAAAACGAAGGAAUACCAUAUCUGCGUGACGGUAAAUACAACGACGGAAUCUUGCUUGAUAGAACAGCGCUACCUCUAUAUGUGAAAAUCUGUGAGCAAAUUGGAGACGAUAGCGAUCCUUACGGUGUGAACGCCCUUGUGGAAAAUGGACAUAUUAAUGAUGCUCAACUGGUAAAGCUUAUCACGAGUGGAUUAAAGCACGAAAUUGAGGGAUUUGAUUUUAUUCUACCAACCGUUCAACGCCUUCAAUCUGGUCUUUUAGGGAGAUGUCGGCUCAAAAAACUCAAUCCUGUCGAAGUGGAAUUAUUAUUGAUGGGUGAAGAUAAAGUGCUUGACGAUGUGCAUCUCGAGGUGUUCGUGCGAUAUUUUGUGCUGUACAAUAAGGCAGCCAUUGCUGGUAUGAUAGAUACACCCUCGAGCCAGCUGCUUUUAAACCUUGACGAGGUGGAAGCAUUUCUUGAUUUAUUGAACGACCCUGUUCUCAAAAAACUUAAGACCCCUUUAGUUCUCCAAGAAUCAAAGCAAGAUGAAGCUUUUGAAGUUGGCAAAAGACCAGCAUUGAUGGAUCCUGCCAUUCGUGCAGUAAAAAUUCGAAAAGGUAUUGUCAAGGUUGUGAAAAGUUAUUGGGAUGAAAAUAAACAUCCACUUAAUGUGCAACAGCAUCUCAUGGAGUUGACCAAAGACGAGAUGGACGAUUUUACCAUUGAAGUGCUGGGACAGUAUGUUUUGCACUACAAAAGAACAGUCAACUCUUACAUAAAGGAAAAAAAAUUGCAUUCGCUUGAGCAUUUCGAUUCAACGUUUACUGUAUCUGACACUGCAGCAUAUACGUCCAAGUCGACAUCCGGCAGAAUAAAUUUAAAAAGAAAGUGGGCGAACAAGGAUUCAGCAAAAGAAUAUCAAUAUGGAAACCAAAUUGUACCCAGCUUGCCCAAUGCAAGGUCUGUAACUCAGGAAGAGUCGGGCGAGUAUGGCAGGUACGGUAGUUUUGCUCGCUUUAAAUCGCUUAAAGAUGCAGAAUCCACGAUUGAUUUAUAG